CGCGAUCCGCUGGACUCAAAACUCAGUCGCAAUGACCUCUCAGGCGCACAAAAUAGGUUCCCUUCUGUUCUGCCCCGAUUGCGGCACACUUCUUGACUUGCCUCGAGGGGACGAGCCCAGCGUCAAGUGCGACCAGUGCGGCCGUGAAGAGCCCUCUUCAUCAUACGACAACAUCGAGAUUGUCACGCGGUCGAACCCGGACGCGUUGCCCUCGGCGCUGAGGCAGAAGCGCAAGACUCAGACCAAGGCGCAUUCAGGAGAGAGUGCGUUGCUGAAGGUCACCGAACGGUGUCCGUCCUGCGGUCAUGACGAAGCAUACUCCAAGGAAAUGCAGCUUCGCAGUGUGGACGAAGGCUCAACUAUCUUGUACACAUGUGUAUCCUGCGGACACGGUUGGCGUGUCAAUAACUGAGAGAAGAGGGUUGGGGCCUGGGUCCGUCUUUGAUCCGAUCGGCGAACUAGCCCGAUUCCGAGAUGGGCGCUAAGAUAAGCGCCGGCGGGCACAGCCCAAAAUUUUGACAGGCCCGACCUCGCCCGAUUUAUCCCUCACCGGCGUGGAACGACUUGACCCCCCGGGGGGCUCUUUUCCUCCUACCACCACCCUCU